AUGCCAAAGUUUAACUUCUUCCCAAAGGUCAAUUUUUUAGCCUACAUAAAAAGAAUUAAGUUAAAGUACAACCCCUGCGCCGCGUACAAUGACAACUGCCGUAGCUUAAUUUAUCAUAUUGAAACGCAGCAGAAAAAAGACAAGUUCCCGGAUCUGGAAUACAAGUUGGAGUUAAUUGAUUAUAAUGAAGAACCUUUGAUAGAAAUUGAAAUGCAAAAUAGCAAAGUUUUCAAGUUUAACCCGGAGAAUUACGACUUGGCAGAAAUUCAGCGAGUGAUUGACGAAGAUCAGCAGCAGUUGCACAAGAACUUUAUGAAGGUAAACUUGUUGGAGAAUAAUGAGAAUUCCUUUUGA